AGCUCUGCUGAAAAUCGGUCGAGAAUAAUAUGCCUGUAAGGUGGACAAAAUUACAUUAAAUGAUUUAUGUUUUACAAAAGUAAACAAUAGACAUUACUAUUCCGGAUAAUUACUUUACUAAUGGAUUUUCUCGAUUCUAAUAUUGUAAUGCUUGUCUAUAUUUGUUGAGUUCUUGUAAAUAUCGGAAUUUACAUUGAUUUUUCUUUUCGUGAAAUGUGGAACAGAUUGGUAUAUUUCGUUGUUUACUUUCUUUCCGUUGAUAUUAUAAUUUGAAACGUGACGAAGACGCGAAAGUCUCCUGUAAAGAUGGAGGUUGUUAAAGAGGAAAGUGAAGACAUGAGUGAGACAGAAUCAUGCAGAAUGAAAAAUGAAGACACAGAGGAACAAAGAGACCCAAUGGAAGUGAAAGAUGAAAGUCGAGAACUGAAUGGGGUGAAGAAGAAGACUCAUAAAUUUAAAAUGAGGGAAAAGUCUUCAAGUUGCUCAGAGACUGAAAAGAACGUUUCGCAAAAAAGAACUGAAGCUAAAAGCUCUUUUGCCUGCUCUCAGUGUGAAAAGAGUUUCACACGUAAAGGACACCUUGAGGUUCACAUGGUAAUCCACACAGGUGAGAGACCGUACACCUGCCCUCAGUGUGCGAAGAGUUUCACAUGCAAAGGAAGUCUUAAGGAUCACUUUAGGAUUCACACAGGUGAGAGGCCUUUCACAUGCCCUCAGUGUAGCAAGAGUUUCACUAAUUCAGGAGGACUUAAGAGGCACUUACGAAUUCACACAGGCGAGAGGCCUUUCACCUGCCGGCAAUGUGGAAAGAGUUUCCCAAGUUCAGGAGAGCUUAAGAGGCACAUAAGGAUUCACUCUAGAGAGAGGCCUUUUACCUGCCCUCAGUGCGGAAAGAGUUACAAACAAAAAGAAGUUCUUAGGGAACACGCAAAAACUCACACGGGAGAAAGGCCUUUCGCAUGCAUGUUGUGUGGGAAGAGUUUCACACAACAGAGCACCUUAAAGGUUCACAUGAAGGUUCAUUCUGGAGAGAAAUUACACCAGUGCUCUGAAUGUGGCAGGAGAUUUUCAGAGGCCUGCAAUCUCAAAACUCACUUACUGUCUCACACUGGAGAAAGACCAUUUAGCUGUGAGCGCUGUGAUAAGAAGUUUUUCUUGGCCGUUCACUUAAAGACACACAUGAGGAUCAUGAAGAUGAGAGACGUUACGUGUGUUCUUUUUGUGGGAAGAGUUUUCUCUGUGGCUCCAUGGUUUUUAAAGACCAUCAGAAAACACAUAUUGGUGAGAAACCCUACGAGUGCUUGGACUGUGGGAAAACCUUUGCUAGAGCUGCAGAACUGA